CAUAGAAUACUCACGAUAUAACCUGGUGGAGACCAUUUAAACUCGAAUAUAAACUGGUGGAGACCAUUAAAACUCUGGAAUUUUUUUGAUUAUGAUGAUUCAAUGAUAUAACUUUUUUAUUUUUGUGGGAUAACCUGGCAGUUUGUGAGUUUAAUAACUCCGCCAACACACUUCAAAGUUAAAAAAAAAAAAAAAAAAAAAAAAAAAUAAAAGAACGAAAGAUUGCUGCCGAAAAAAGACACAAAAGAGACAAAUAAAAAAAUAUUAUACAUAUUGAAUUGAAUAACAAAACGAUAUAUAAAAAAAUAUUUUUAAAUUAGUUAAUACAUGGAGCGGGGCAUUUAAUAAUGUGCGUCUAGAGAAUUGUGCAAGUAGAAAAGAUCGAUCAUCAUUCAUAUAAAAAUAACAAAAAAAAAAAAAUAAGUUAAAAAACAUUGCAAAACGUACUUAAAUUUCAAACUCAGAAUAGUAUCGAUCCUAAAAACUUAACCACAAACAUCAACAACAGUUAAUACAACAUUUGCAUUCGCAUAUCAAGAAGACUGACUGAUUUCAAUUAUUUUAUACACAAAAUGGAAGCAACUAAAUCAUUAAUUGCGGAAAAAUAUCAAAAAUUAUGCAACAUUAUGGAACGCGAAACACUGGGUACCGAGGUUUUAAUUUACGGCACUUCGGGUUUAAUGUUGCUACUGGCGUAUGCCAAACGUAAACCCGCCUAUUUAGUGCGUCCCUUUAAGAAGCCCUCCCACAUACCAGAUCGCCUAAUCAACGAGCGUGUAAUGCACACUGGUCUCAUCAAGGAUGUACAACAAAAGGGUCAAGAUACUUUACUGCUCAUAAGUCACCGUCCAUUAAUACCCCUAUUCAUGAGCAAUAAACGUUUGUUGCCCAUCAAGUUGCCGGGCGUAAAGGUUAAUGGCAAUGGUAUUUCCUGGUUGCAAAAUUGUCUGGUCGGACGUGAGGCCACUUUUAUACCACUAAACAACCGCGCCUCCGAUCAAUAUGUUGUCUCGCAACUAUGUUUAGUUCAUCCACCCAAAGGCAAUCGUUUAUUGGAUAUUUCCGAAACUUUGCUAAAAUUACGUUUUGCCCGUUUUGCUGAAGAUGCCAAUGGCAGCGUUAAGAGAAAUGCCAAGUACUAUAAACAUUUGGCAAAUGUUGAAGCAUCCACACAAUCACGAGAAUCUAUGCUGGCCAAAGUUUCUCAUUUUCCUUGGAUCUGGAAAGCAUUUUACGAUUUUAAGGCUUCCAUAUUACCGAAAGAAAAACUAUUACCCGAAUUAGUUCGUUAAGUUUUGAAAUUGACGUAACUAAAAAAAAUUUAAAUUUUAAAAAUGUUCUGCAUUUCGACGUAACAUUAUUAUUUUUUACUAUGAUCCUUAUUAGCAAAAAUAGUGUGUUUUCGUAAUACCUUACAGUGGAAAACUCUUAACUGACCAAAAUUGAAAACUGCUUUCGAUAAAGCUAAAUAAUUAUUAUAUUGAAAUAUUUGUGGUAGAAAAUUAAAGUGGAUUUUGUAAAUAUAAAUAUUCUUUAUUAACAAAGUUUUUUAUUUUGUAGAAAUAAAAAUUUUGGCAUUUUGAGACUGAUUUUUUUAAUUAUUUUUUGGCUUUUUAUUUAACAUACAAAUUCUUAAUUACUUUAAAUAUAUAAUCCCUUUGAGGUCUUUUUAAAGACAUUUUUUGGGCAGAUGGAUAUUAUGGUCAAUGAUAUUGUUAUCUCUUCAAAUAAAUAGAUAGAAUUAUUAGUCUUGUCAUAGAGUUUUCGGAUCAAAUAUGGAAAUAAUUCCGAUUUUGCUUCAGAAUAAGUUGAACGUUAUCGUUCGGAGUAAAAGCUAAGGAACUUAAUGUGUUGUAAAGGUCUAUUUAAAGCAUUUUAUGUGUAUUAAUUCAAAAUAUUUUUGUAUUAUUUUUCAAUUGACAGAUCAUUUGUUUGGUUUGACUCAAUUGUUUUAAAUCACAUCGAAAUGCAGAAUAUUUAUAUAUUUUUAUUAUGAAGAAAAACUUGUAUGUAAUUACAAGAUUAUUUGUAAUAAAUUUUUCUAAACGACAAUUUAUUUUGUAGAAUAAAUAAUUAGGAAAAAAUCAACUCUCUUUUCAUUUAACGAGAACUAAUGCUUUUAAUGUUUUAUUUUGUUUGUAUCAAAACCAGUUUUAUAAGAUGUAAUUAAAACAUACAUAGUUAUAUUAAAUGUAAA